AUGGAUAAUGAAGUAUUGAUUACAAAUCAACCGAUUGUUAUUGAUAAUGGUUCUGGAAUGAUCAAAGCCGGUUUUGCCGGUGAUCCAAUACCAAAAAUAAAUUUUCCAAAUUAUGUCGGCCGUCCAAAACAUGUACGUGUUAUGGCUGGUGGUUUAGAAGGUGAUAUAUUUAUAGGACCUAAAGCUGAAGAAUAUCGUGGACUUUUACAUAUUGCACAUCCAAUGGAACAUGGUAUUGUACAAGAUUGGAAUGAUAUGGAAAAAAUUUGGACAUAUAUUUAUUCAAAAGAUCAAUUAAGAUCAGCAUCUGAAGAACAUCCAGUUUUAUUAACAGAAGCUCCAUUAAAUCCAAGAAAAAAUCGUGAAAAAGCAGCAGAAAUAUUUUUUGAAACAUUUAAUGUUCCUGCUUUAUUUAUUUCAAUGCAAGCUAUACUUAGUUUAUAUGCAAGUGGAAGAACGACGGGUGUUGUACUUGAUUCCGGAGAUGGCGUUACACAUGCUGUACCUAUUUAUGAAGGUGAUUUUCAACUUAUUCUCAUGAAUCUACCCAGAAUAUUACCUGGGAUUUUAGGUACUCGGUCAGCCAAUAGUGAACUUUCAAAUGCCCGAUGUGUAUAUAAUCGCGCAGAUGAAGUAGAACUCAGUCGAUUGUUACAACUUGUUCUCAGUUGUGCUGUCAACAGUGAGCGAAAACGAUAUUAUAUAGAAUAUAUUAGGUCGUUAGAAGAAUCUGUUCAACAUACGCUCAUGAAUGCUAUUCAAGAGCUAAUGGAUAAAGAGCAACUGCCGAUCAAGAAGAAAGAUCCGGAACUUGAAUAUCAAUUGAAACAUCUUUCGGAAGAACUCAAUCGUACAAUUAAAGUCAAAGAUACAAUCGAAAAUCAUUGUCAUGAACUGAAUCAACAGAUUGUUGUACUUCAAAACGAUAAAUUGGAUUUAAUGCAAGAAAUAUCAUGUCUAAAUGAACGUAUUCAACAAUACGAAAAUGUCACAAAUGUUGAAUCGGCAUCAUAUAUUUGUUACAGUAAUUUACAACAACAACGUAUUCAAUCACAACAAGAAGAAAUAUUUGAACUUGAAAUAACUCUACAAGAUUGUCGAGCACAACUGGAUAUUUUACGAGAUGAAAAUAAAGAACUUCUUAAAAAAGUAGAUCCAUAA